UCGCCUCAAAGGAAAACAAAAAGCGUGCUGAAAAAGAAACAAAAAAAAGUCGUCUUUCAAAGUUGGUGAGCGAACAAAAGAAAAAGUCAGACUGGCUGGCGGAUGGGAGAAGUGAGCCGUGCUUUUAUUUGGAAAGGAGCAGCUGAACGGAUGCUUUUACUUUUUUUUUGUCUGAGCGAUCGGAGCGACUUGCAGAAGUUUAUUUUGGAGUGCUGGGGAAGACCUCACGUCGCGUCGGAUUGUGACACCGCAGCAGCAGGGGGCGGCAAAGUAAAAAGGUGAAAGGUCAUCGGGAAGCCUUCUGGAUUGAUUGACGGAAGGGGGCUCCUCAACGCCCUCCCAAAUGACGUCAUCAGCGGGCAGACCGGUCGCGGCAAGGCAAUGGCGUGCGCGUGUCAAUUUGUGGUUCCGCCCACGAAUUGUCCAAAUUGACGGCCAGGUGACAGGAACUAAGCCAAACCUUGACGUCGAGUUGUCAAGAUGGCGGCGGCGGCGGCGGCGGCGCCGCCCGAUCUGUUUGCAGAGCAGGAACUCACCUGCUCAAUCUGUCUGGACCUCUUCACGGACCCCGUCUCGACACCGUGCGGCCACAACUUCUGUCAGGCGUGCAUCGGCGGCUACUGGGCGUCGACCGCAAGUUGCACGUGUCCGCUGUGCAAACACGCAUUUGACGAGCGCCCUCAACUGAGCAUCAACAAAGUUUUCGCCGUCAUCACUGAGAAUUACAAAGCUUCUCGCUACGGCGCCGCCGCGUCCGCGGCGCCGGCCAACGGCGGCAACCCGUUCGCAUCGGCGCCCGGCGAGGACGCGGUGUGGUGCGACGUGUGCACGGGCGCGAAGCGGCCGGCCGUCAGCUCGUGCCUCACGUGCACGGCGGCGUACUGCGACGAGCACGUCUUGCCGCAUCGCAACACGCCGUUCUACGCCAAACAUCCGCUCAUGGACCCGCAGCAGGCGCUCCGAGGACGCACUUGCGCUCUGCACCGCCGCCUACUGGAGGUGUUCUGUCGGACGUGUCAGCGUUGCAUUUGCGCCAUCUGCGUGCUGGAGGACCACAGGACUCACAAGACCGUGUCAGUCCAGACGGAGCGACUCAGCAAGCAGAAGCACGUGGCGAUGACGGAGCAGCAGAUCUUGAACAGGAUCAAGGACAAGGAGAUGAUCCUGGCCGAGCUCAACCGGAAGCUGGAGGGCGUCAAGACUUACGGCGAACGAGAGCGCAGCGAAGUGGAAACUCUGCUGGACGACGCGGCCGCUUCGCUGGCCCGCCUGCGGGCCCAGGUGGUGGGCGGAGUCGAGCUGCAGAUGGGAGCGGUCCUGGCCCGGGGGGAGGGGCAAGCGAGCCUCCUGGAGUCAGAGCUGGCGCACCUGACGGACAGACGGGCGCAGCUGGAGGCGCAGGCCGUCAGUCAAGACCACAUCGGGUUCCUGCAGAGCUUCUCGGAGGCCACCUCGCCGCUGGGCUCGGAUCAGCCCGUCAACGUGGAGGACCUGGACCUGGACCUCCGCUUCGGCCUGGGCAGGGUCAAGGCGGCCCUGGCCGAGAUCCGGGACAAGCUGGAGGACGCCAGGUCGGGCGGCGGCGGCGGCGGCGCCAGAGGGUCCGUGGCUUCCGUGUCGUCGGGCGAGCAGACGAUGAUGACGGCGGCCGAAAGCGUGCUCAGCCUGGCGGGAAGUAGCGGCAGCCUGAGGAGGAGCCAGUGGGCGCUGAGAGACCUGAAGAAGUUGAAGCCGGUGUCAGGUCACAAGAAGGCUCGCGCGUACACGGAGGACGUGACCUUGAACCCGGUGACGGCGUACCCCUUCCUCAUCCUCUCCGACGACAGGAAGCAAGUCAAGCGCGGCGAAAAGCUGCAGUUUUACCGCAACAGUCAGCAACGUUUCGACGUGUGGUCGUGCGUCAGCGGCAAAGACGGCUACGCCACCGGACGCCACUACUGGGAGGUCCUGGUCGGCGAGAACAAGGACUGGAAGUUGGGCGUGGCCAGCGAGUCGGCGCAGAGGAAGGGUCUCUUCGACAUGAGCCCCGCCAAUGGAUAUUUCGCCCUCUGGUGGAGCGGCAGCCAACUGCGAGCGCUCACCGCCCCGCCGCUCACCAAGGUGAAAGCUCCGCCCAAGCUGCGUCAGGUGGGCGUGUUCCUGGACGUGGAGGCGGGCCAAGUGUCGUUCUACAACGUCAAGUCGGGUUCCGAGAUGUUUAGCUUCCACUGCGGCGAGUUCACCGAGCAGAUGUUCCCGCUGCUCGGCACCGGAGACAAAGAGGUGCCCCUCGUCAUCCUCUCCUGACGCUGACGCUCGGGCCGCCGAUAAAACGCCGCCACGUGUUCGCCGUCGGCCCCCGCACGCCGCGCAAAGACUUGGACGUAGCGGACCCGGAGACUCGGCCGUCAUCGUCAACGGCCAUCUGGUGGAGCUUUUUUUUUUUAAACCAUUCAACUAAUAAAUACGUGACAAUCAUCCA